AUGUACCAGCCGAGUAAACCUAGAGCUUUGCAAGGCACGUACCUGCUGAGUAAACAUGGAGCUUUGCAUGGCAUGUACCAGCCGAGUAAACCUGGAGCUUUGCAAGGCACGUACCUGCUGAGUAAACCUGGAGCUUUGCAUGGCGCGUACCCGCCAGGGAAACCUGGAGCUUUGCGUGGCGCGGACCCGCUGGGUAAACCUGGAGCUUUGCAUGGCACGUACCCAUCAGGUAAACCUCGAGCUUUGCAUGGCAUAUACCUGCCAGGGAAACUUGGACCUCCGCCAGACCCAUACCUGCCACUUCAACCUGGACCUCCACUGGUCCAGUACGCGCCGCUGCAAGCUGGACCUCCACUGGUCCAGUACACGCCGCUGCAAGCUGGACCUUCACUAUGCCAGUAUACGCCGCCAUAA